UACGGCCCAAAUAAAUUGUCAAACUCACUUACCCUUCUUCUCCUCCCUGAACCAAACGAACGACGUGUACCACCCUGACAACACACACGGUGUGUGUGAGACCACACCGGCUCCCUCUCACACACAGGAGUCGAAAACCCUAGUUAGUAAUUACAGAAAAUGGCGACCAAUCUCCGAAGCUAAACUGAUUGAUUACAAUCCGCAACAUCACCAUGCCCUAUUCGGCAAUUUUCGUUAACCACUACCUCAGAGCAAGCCCAUUCGUCGCCAUUUCUCUGAGACAACCAAAGCUAACACUAACUGCCACAACACCCUCUUUGCAGUUCAGUCGCCGCCUCCAUUCGUACCCCAGAAACCCUAGACUCCUCCGCCCUCCACGGCCGCCACUGUUUGUCGCCUCCAAUAGACCCCAAACGGUAGCCUACUCCUCCGUCACACACGUCUCUCGUCACCGCCGGCUCAGGUCUGCCUUUGGGUUCACAUGCUCGGCUGCUUCUUCUUCCGGUGUUUGUUCUGCUGUCGUCUUGAAGAGGGGCAAUGCCUCUUCCUCUUAUUUUUAUCAGCAGAACUCGCAGUACGGUCGGUAUGCGUACGACGACUAUGUAUCCGAGGAGGAAUCUGAUCGCGAAGUCGGCUCGGGUGGCUCUGGUCGGCAAGCGUGUGCUUCAACCCUUGAAAAUAUUGAAGAGUGGAAGUGGAAGUUGACCAUGCUCAUGCGCAACAAAGACGAACAAGAGAUGGUGUCAAGGGGGAAAAAAGAUCGGCGUGAUUUUGAGCAAAUUUCAAUGCUCGCAACCAGAAUGGGUUUAUAUAGCCGUCAAUAUGCAAAAGUAGUUGUCUUUAGUAAAGUUCCACUUCCAAACUACAGAUCAGAUCUGGAUGAUAAGCGGCCGCAGAGGGAGGUGGUUUUGCCUUUCGAGUUGCAAAGACAGGUGGAUGCUCAUCUCAAAGGAUACAUUUCCAGAAAGCCCGUGAACAAGGAAAGAAUUUCAGAUGAUGCCUUUUUAAGAUCAAGCAGUGGUGGGAGCCAUUCUACUGGUGGACUGUAUGAGCAAGAGGAGUCCUCGACACAGGGCACUAGUGUUGCUGCGGAGAAAAUCCUUCUGCGGAGAAGCUUGCAACUGUGUAAUAAGCAACAAGAUUGGCAGGAAUCUUCAGAUGGCCAAAAGAUGCAAGAAUUUCGUAGAAGUCUCCCUGCAUAUAAAGAGAGAGAUGCAUUAUUAAAUGCCAUUGCAAAAAAUCAGGUGCUGGUUGUGUCAGGUGAGACAGGGUGUGGUAAGACCACACAACUUCCUCAGUACAUCUUAGAGUCUGAGACUGAAGCUGCUCGAGGAGCUCUCUGUAAUAUUAUUUGUACUCAGCCGAGACGAAUAUCUGCUAUGGCAGUUGCUGAAAGAGUUGCUGCAGAACGCGGUGAGAAACUUGGAGAAUCUGUUGGUUUUAAAGUUCGAUUAGAGGGAAUGAAAGGGAGGGAGACACGUCUUCUAUUUUGCACUACUGGCAUAUUGCUAAGGAGGUUACUUGUUGACAGAAAAUUGAAAGGUGUAACUCAUGUUAUUGUUGAUGAAAUUCAUGAACGUGGAAUGAAUGAAGAUUUUCUUCUUAUUGUCCUCAAGGAUCUCCUUCCUCGUCGACCAGAAUUGAGAUUGAUUUUGAUGAGUGCAACCCUUAAUGCCGAGCUUUUCUCGUCCUAUUUUGGUGGUGCUCCGAUGAUCCACAUUCCUGGUUUUACAUACCCAGUCCGAAGUUAUUUUCUGGAGAACAUUUUGGAAAUGACUGGGCAUAGGUUAACUACGUACAAUCAGAUAGAUAAUUAUGGUCAAGAAAAAAUGUGGAAAAUGCAGAAACAAGCUGUCAGAAAGAGGAAGAGCCAAAUUGCUUCAGCUGUAGAGGAUGCACUUGAAACUGCCGAUUUUAGGCAAUAUGGUCCACGAACUCAGGAGUCGUUAUCCUGUUGGAAUCCUGAUUCAAUUGGCUUUAACCUCAUCGAGCAUGUACUUUGCCAUAUAUGCAAAAAAGAAAGACCUGGUGCUGUUUUGGUUUUUAUGACUGGUUGGGAUGACAUAAAUUCUUUGAAGGAGCAGCUCCAAGCUCAUCCACUCUUGGGAGAUCCAAGCAGAGUUUUGCUGCUUGCAUGCCAUGGUUCCAUGGCAAGCUCAGAGCAGAGGUUAAUAUUCAAUAAACCUGAAGAGGGAGUGAGGAAAAUAGUUCUAGCAACUAACAUGGCUGAGACAAGUAUCACCAUUAAUGAUGUGGUUUUUGUGGUUGACGGUGGAAAAGCAAAAGAGACGUCAUAUGAUGCAUUGAACAACACUCCAUGUUUGCUUCCUUCCUGGAUCUCAAAGGCUUCUGCUCGGCAGAGAAGAGGAAGAGCUGGUCGCGUUCAACCAGGCGAGUGCUUCCAUCUCUAUCCCAGAUGUGUGUAUGAUGCUUUUGCUGAUUAUCAGUUGCCAGAACUCUUAAGAACGCCCUUACAAUCUCUAUGUUUGCAAAUUAAAAGUUUACAACUUGGGAGUAUCUCAGAGUUCCUAUCUAGGGCCUUGCAGCCUCCAGAACCUCUGUCAGUUCAGAAUGCUAUUGAAUAUUUGGAGAUUAUUGGAGCUUUAGAUGAGAAUGAAAAUCUUACGGUGCUAGGACACCACUUAUCAAUGCUUCCAGUUGAGCCCAAACUUGGGAAAAUGCUCAUAUUAGGGGCUAUUUUCAACUGCCUAGAUCCCAUAAUGACUGUUGUUUCUGGUCUAAGUGUCAGAGAUCCGUUCUUGAUGCCAUUUGACAAGAAGGAUCUUGCGGAGUCUGCAAAGGCCCAGUUCUCUGCACGUGACUACAGUGACCAUCUUGCUCUUGUCCGGGCUUAUGAGGGUUGGAGAGAUGCUGAAAGACAGCAAUCUGGUUAUGAAUUCUGUUGGAGAAAUUUCCUUUCUGCACAAACCCUAAAAGCCAUUGAUUCCCUUCGGAAGCAAUUCUUAUUUUUGCUAAAGGACGCUGGUCUGGUCGAUAACAAUAUAGAAACUUGCAACACUUGGAGUCAUGAUGAUCAUCUCAUCCGGGCAAUUAUCUGCGCGGGUUUGUUCCCUGGAAUAUGCUCUGUUGUGAAGAAAGACAAGUCAAUAGCUUUGAAAACAAUGGAGGAUGGUCCUGUACUUCUGUACUCAAAUUCUGUAAAUGCACAAAAACUUAAAAUUCCAUAUCCGUGGCUAGUUUUCAAUGAAAAGGUGAAAGUGAAUUCAGUGUUUCUCCGUGAUUCAACAGCUGUAUCUGAUUCUGUGGUUCUCUUAUUCGGAGGAAAAAUUUCUAAAGGAGGCCUAGAUGGACACUUGAAAAUGUUGGGAGGAUACUUGGAGUUUUUCAUGAAUCCCGCCUUAGCAGGCACAUAUAUAAGCUUAAAGAGAGAGCUUGAGGAACUAAUUCAAAAGAAGCUCCUUAACUCCAAGUUGGAGAUUCACAACCACAAUGAGCUUCUAUCAGCAGUAAGAUUGUUGGUCUCAGAAGAUCAAUGUGAAGGUAGAUUUGUCUUUGGUCGUAACCAGGUGCUUGCACCUCCAGAAAAGGCACCAAAAGACUCGAAGAGUGGCAGGGGAGGCGGCGGCGGCGGUGAUAAUUCCAAGAGUCAACUGCAAACAUUGCUUGCAAGGGCAGGACAUGGAGCACCAACCUACAAGACUAAAGAACUGAAAAAGAACAAGUUCCGUACCACUGUGAUCUUUAACGGGCUGGACUUUGUUGGUCAGCCUUGCAGCAGUAAGAAAGUUGCAGAAAAGGAUGCAGCUGACCAGGCUCUUCAGUGGUUGACGGGUGAGUCCCAAUCAUCCCACGACACAGUUGACCAUAUGUCUAUGAUUCUAAAGAAGAACAAAAAGAAACAUCAAAUUCAUGAUUCUAAGUGGCGAUAGGUGCCUUUACAAGAGAAGCACUAAAUGUCAUUAUUUUUUGCCGGGGAAGAAGAUUUCCUGGUUCAGAUUGAGAUUCUUUUUGGACUUGAAUGUGGAAGGAUCUUUCUGGUCGAGUACUCACGACCAGAUGGAAAUUCACAGUUCAAAUGUUGUAUGAUAUGUCUAGUUCUUUUGAGAAGUGCGGGAAUGAGACCCUUAAAAGACAAACUGGAGUUUCUAAAUACUACAAUGGAAUUCACAGAAAAUUUUGUCUGACAAAUGCUACCUGUUACAGUUCAAGUAUCAGUUUGAUUAACGAAAUACUGCAUUAGGUGGCCACCAUUAUUAGUUUGAAGGGUUAGGUUUUCUAAGGAAAAAGAAUAAGCAAGAUAGUAUUUAUAUAUGUAAAAAGUUAUUGAGCUAUUCUAGAUUUUGUUGCAUUUAUUUAUGUAAAUUUCGUCUUUUUUUUGAAAAGAAAUUAUUGGUGCAAAGAA